AUGCGUCCUGAGAUUCUAAUUCAAGCGGUAACAGAAUCAAAAUUGGCUCGAAAGCGUGCUGUCACUGCUGCCAGACUUGAGGCGAAGAGAGCUGUUGAUUCGGAAAAAUUGAUGGUCCGUAGGGCUAUUACUCCACCAGAUUUUGGGUCAUUAAAGGAUAAUUCGAUGUUGAAACUUGCUGAUUUUGUGCCGGGAGUACCGCCUAGCUACGAAAAAGAAUUUAGCUAUAGAGAGUUGACUAUGCCUGUUCCGUUGCCAUCUGAUGGGCUUUAUUCGAAAGAGCAAAUUUUGAUUAUUGGAGCACAGGUUGUUAUUAAUGCGCAGAAAGCUGGGGCUUAAUUUGGAAGUGAUUG